GGACUAGGGCACGGAGGGCGGAGGGGCAGAGGUGGUUCACGGAUUCCAGGCUCAGGACCUUGGUGUGGCCCUGCCCCAUGGAGGCCACAGGGCCCUGGGCCUGGACCCCUGCCAUUGGAACUCUUCUUCCUGACCUGGCCUGACUCUUGUGUCUCCUGGGGAAUGGUCUAACUAUAUACAGUCAGCAACUCCAGCCACUUCACCGCGUUUCCCAACAGCUUUGAGUUUUGGAGGCCGGCAGCCUGACUGCUUUCUCAGAAGCUAUGGUCCACUACCUCAGCCAUUCUGUUGGAGCCAAACUGGCAAAUGAAGGUGAAAUCCCCGAACCGUGGACCUCCUGGUCACCUCGGGAAUGAAGGGCAUUGCCAUCUUCCUUGUCUUCAUCUUCUACUGGACAACCUCCACCCUCAGCAGUUUCUGGCAGUUCCAGAGGAUGGUCAAACACGUCACAGGGCGCAGCGCCUUCUUCUCCUAUUACGGAUAUGGCUGCUACUGUGGGCUUGGGGGCAAAGGGCUCCCUGUGGAUGCCACAGACAGGUGCUGCUGGGCUCAUGACUGCUGCUACCACAAGCUUAAGGAAUAUGGCUGCCAACCCAUCUUGAAUGCCUACCAGUUCACCAUUGUCAAUGGGACGGUGACCUGUGGAUGCACCGUGGCCAGCAGCUGCCUCUGCGGGCAGAAGGCCUGUGAGUGUGACAAACAGUCUGUGUACUGCUUCAAGGAGAACCUGGCCACCUACGAGAAGGCCUUCAAGCAGCUCUUCCCGACCAGGCCUCAGUGUGGCAGGGACAAACUCCAGUGCUAGGAAGGCCACCCUCAUCCCUCCAUCACCUGCUCUAGUCCCGAGCCCCUUCUGAAGAGCUUUGCUGUCUGGGGAGUGUCUUUUCAGUCAUUAAGGGACUGGAGGUGGAGAAUUCCUGCCCUGGAAACAAACCGUGGGUAUCUGGCCAUUAAGAGAUACAGUCUGUCAGUAGGAAACAAGGACAUAAGGGAGCAGGGAUGGGGGGCAUCCUGCAAUCCCAGCAUUUGAGACAUGGAGGCAGGAGAGGAAGGAGAGGCAGGAGGCCAGGGGCAACCUCCACUAUACGGUAAGUUCAAGGCUAGCCUGAGCUACUUUAGACCCUGCCUUGAAAAAUUUUUUAAACAUUUUUUAAAGGAAAAUAAAACAGGGGAACACAGGGGUUGAGCUGAAAGGUGCUCUCAAACCCUUCUCCCCAGAAGAGCAGAGAGCCCCAGGAUCCAGCCUAAACUCCCCUGUACCCUCUAUCCUGGUCAGGAUGUGUGUCUGACUGGGGAACCAAGUCAUCUACCCAGGUCAGGCUGGGAAGUGAGCCGGGAUCCUAGAAAACACAGCCCAGGAGCCUCGCCUGGAAUCUCCUCAUUUGCACCAGGUCUGACCUCUCCAGCAGGAUGCAGGAUGCACCCCUGUCUCAGAAGGUGGGGCACUAUCAGAAAAAUGGUGUGCACCAGUGCCACAAAGAUGUCACUGGUUAAGAUGGCAUCAAGAAAUGGAAAGAGGAUGUUCGGGACAGGGGGUCCAAGGCACCCAAAAUCCUUACCCCAAUUUAGAAGCCUUUGGUCCUGUAAGACUUAAUUCUAGUAAACGAGGAAGGUCUAA